AAAAACCACCCUCCCCGGCCAAUCGUGAGUAUAUAUGAAGCCAUCUAUCAUAUCGCCAUCCCUGCAACAAACAUUCCUUAUUCCACGCCAAUCAUGAAGAAAAUCAAUCUCAUGCUAAGAAGAUGCAAGACUUUAUCAAGGCAACUCAUCAGGACCUCCUCCUACACCUCCUUAAGAUCCAAAUCAACCACCGAUCAUCAUCAUCUUCGUCAUGGACCACCAGCAGAAACAGGAGGAAUAAUGUGGAAUAGUACCGCCGUUUGUGUUUACGGCGGCGGAGAAGAGCCUCGGGCCACCGUUUUUGUUGGGAGCACCAGGAAGCGAUACGUAAUUGGUUCAAAGUAUUUAAGCCAUCCGCUCGUUAUUGCUCUCACCGAAAAAGAAAAAUCUACUUCCGUUGAUGGGGAUAAUGCCGCAUCUGUCAUCAACUGUGAAGUUGUACUGUUUGAUCAUCUCUUGUGGAUGCUCGAAAAUUCCGAUCUGAAUAUCAAUUCCGAUUCUUUGGACGAGUUAGCAGCUCUCUACAUAUCUUAAUUGACUCUCUCUCUCUCUCUCUCUCUCUCUCUCUCUCUCUCUCUCUCUCUCUCUCUCUCUCCAUAUACAUACAGUUGUAGAACUAUUUUGCUUUAUAUGCUUUAUAUGUAAGAAGCUUCAAAAUCUGGUCUAAUAUUUUUUGAAAUUUAGAUGUAACUAUGAAGAUCUAUCAUCUCAAGAAUUGAGAUGAUAAUUAAUUUCAUGCAAUAUUAGUUUGAUUAAUGAUUUGUUGAACA